AUGGAAGAGGGUCACUGUGAGGGUGAGGUUGAAGGUGAGGCUGAAUUUGGAAAAGAAAUGAAGCAGGGUGAGAGUGAAGUUGCUAAACAGAUUGAACAUGUUGAGGAUGAAGAGGAUGAGAAUGAGGAUGAUCAUGUAGAUGAGGCUGAGGAUGAGGCUGGAGAUGAUGGUCAGGAUGAAGAUGUAGAUGAGUCUGUGAGUGAAGAAAGUCUAGUUGAUGUCACCAUUGAGUGUGACAUUGGUACUUCGAAAGGAAAUGUAAGGGAAGAACAACCUUUCAGUCCAGUAGGUGAGUCUUCAAGGACAACUGAUAAUGAAUCUAUGCAUGAUGUUCAUGGCUUGUCUAACAUUGAGUGGGUGUCAAAUGAGUUCGAUAAUGGUCCAAAUAGUGACGAGGAUGAUGAUUCCAUUUGUAGAACUUUGUUUCCCACAUUUAGCAUGCCUAAAAGUUUGACGGAUUAUAAAUGGGAAGUAAGAACCUAUUUCACUGAGAAAAAGGAAUUCACAGACGCCAUUAGGACUUAUGCACUGAGUAAUGGUAGAAAUUUGAAAUUCAUGAAUAAUAACAAGAAGAGGGUUGCUGUAAAAUGUUUGGGGGUAAGGGGAAAUGCAAAUGGUAUGCUUAUUGUGCCUAUAGGUAUGGUGUGA